AUGAAGCUAGUUUGGUCUCCAGAGACGGCCUCCAAGGCUUAUCUCGACACCGUAAAAUCAUGUGAACUUCACAAAGAAUCAGGCGUAGCAGAACUUAUAUCAGCCAUGGCAGCCGGGUGGAAAGCAAAGCUAAUAGUAGAAACAUGGUCGCAGGGUGGGGCAAUUGCGACGAGUGUCGGUCUCUCUAUCGCAAGCCGCCAUGGCGGCGGCAGGCAUAUUUGCAUAGCCCCUGAUGAAGAGUCGAGGGUAGAGUACGCUGCAGCCAUGGAAAAGGCCGGCGGAACGACUUCAGGAGAAUCCUUCGGGCGGCGAAACUUGGCGAGAGGGGUGCUGUGCUCAUAUGCAAGAAUGCAAAUUCAAGAGCGGCAUCGGAUUUUAGGUGGCGAAGUGUCGUAG